CCGAUACUUAUUCGUCCAUUGGCUCGGUUGAUUAUUGGGCAACCUUUGUUCCUUCUUUACGAUGCUGCUUUCAUUGCCGAACGAACUGCUGCAAAUUAUCGCUCUCGAGGCAGAUGAGAGAUCUCGCAAGCGGCUUAGACGAACCUGCAAGAUCUUAAGUGAUCUUUGCACCCCUCCUGUUUUCAGGUCCGUCAAAAUGUACAUCUCGUGGGACGGUCGCUGGACACCCUUGGCUCUUCUCUUUCUUACGGCACUCUCUUCUGGUCUAGAAUUGGCACGACACAUCAAACAUCUUUCUGGGUUUCUUUCAGAGAGCAAAGAGCUUAACGAUGCUGCUUCCUCUUCCAUCAGCGAUGCCAGGACCAGAAAGAGAGAGGAAGACGUCAAGCUCUUCAACCGUCUUUUUGUUGAUGCUAUUCUAUUGAUGAUGUCGUUACAGUUGCUCUCGUUGGAACGCCUUGAAGACGAUGGGAGGUGGAAUGGAUAGAUUGUCUCGUCUAGCUGCGGAAACGUGCGUUCUAUGUCUACCCUGCCCCUAAACGGACAUAUGCUACGAUCUGAAUCUGCCUCCGCCUUCUCGCACCUACGCUCCCAUCGUGAGUCUAAGAUAACUUCUUGCGGAUUCUGAAGCAUGUUAACUCGCGGCCUACAGCCUAAAUAGUAUUGAUG